UACUGUAGUAUCAUUCAAACUCUAAGAAUGGCUCCAGGAGGAAAAUCGGCGGGCAAAGCGAUGAAGAAGUCUUCAGGAAAAGCACAAAAAAACAUCGCCAAGUCCGAUAAGAAGCGCAAGCCCAAGAGGARAGAAUCGUACGCCAUCUACAUCUACAAGGUGCUGAAGCAAGUGCAUCCCGACACCGGCGUGUCAUCCAAAGCCAUGAGCAUCAUGAACAGUUUCGUCAACGAUCUGUUCGAGCGCAUCGCCGCCGAGUCCAGUCGUCUUGCCCACUACAACAAGCGUUCGACCAUUACCAGCCGGGAGAUCCAAACUGCCGUCCGACUCUUGUUGCCCGGUGAAUUGGCCAAGCACGCCGUCAGUGAAGGCACCAAAGCUGUGACCAAGUACACCAGCUCCAAAUAAAACCCACUUGACGUGAUUAAUAUACAAAUAAAACGGCCCUUUUCAGGGCCACCAAUUAUCGUUGUAUAAAGAAUAUUAUAUUGAGCUGGCCGUCA